AUGUCGGUGAACUUUUCGUCGACUCGAUCACACGGUAACCCUACGGAGUUCAAGACUGAGUACCAGCCAAAGGGUCGACGGGCCGAGACGACUCAGUACGACUCCUACGACACCUUCCGCUCCCGGUCGUAUAUACCCGACGUUAAAGAAGACGUCAAACCCUGGUUCCCUUUUCGAUCUCGAGGCGAUAGCGAGUUCGCUUCGAUCGCCGUGGACGCCAAUCUCUCUGACUCACUCGUUAAUCGACUCUUAUCCCUCAUGACAGAUCUAGUCAACAAGAAGAAGGACAUUACCCUGACUAAUUCUCGGGACCUUCGGAAGGUUUGUGAUGAGGCAGCGAAGGAGUUUGCUCCUGUAAGUUUUUUUCAGGAAUAUCCUAUCAACCUCGAACACAAGAACGACGAAAUCGAGCUCAAUUUUAUGGGCCGCGAUCUCUGGGAUUGGAGCCUCGACUUGCUGCAUAAUGAGCAGCUCGCUCCCCACUUCGUGUGGGAUGCACAACGCGUAUAUAAGCAUAACGGAAAACCGGGGCCCGAAAGCGAAUACGUCAGGUUCAUCGACGAACCUUGGACCGCCGAUCGAUGGUGGAACGUACAGCAGGACUCACUGCCACAACACUCGGACGCUCCAUCAGUACCUCUCGCGUACGUUUUCUAUGCUGACAAAACACGACUAUCUAGCGCCGGAAACGUGCAAGGUUAUCCGAUCGUUGCCAGGUGUGCCAACCUUCCCGCUGACAUUCGAAACGGACGAGGUGUCGGAGGCGGACGAGUUGUGGGGUGGUUACCACUGCUUCCAGGGGAUGCUGAGAAGGAGGGCACUCUAAGCUACACAACGCUGAAGCGUGUAGUGUGGCACAAGUCGGUAGCCAAAAUGUUCGAGGGUGCUAAACAUUACUCGCAUACCGGUUAUUAUUUCACGGACUGUUUCGACGGGGUGCCUCGGUGGCUUUUUCUGGUUAUCCUCAUUCUAUCUGCCGAUUAUGAGGAACAAUGUGUCAUGGCUCUUAUCCGAGGAGCAAUGGGCAACUUUCCCUGCCCUAUCUGUUUGGUGCCAUCUGAGCGCCAAAGCAGGUGGUCGGAGGACUAUCCUCGGCGCUCUGCUGAGUUCGCCCAGUCUCUCUAUACUGACUUCAAGUCCGGCGACCGGUCCAAGAAGAAAGCGGCCAAGGAACAACUCGAGAAAGAGAGCUGGAGGCCGGUCGAGAACGCGUUUUGGCUUCUUCGAAGCUCAGAUCCAGCUGAGGCUGUGUCAGUUGACCACCUCCACGCAUUCCAUCAUGGUUUAUAUGGCAAGCACAUUCAGCCAGAGCUGAUCAAGAUCCUCAAGAGCUUCGACAGAAGCCGCGAGUAUCUUGGGAAGCUAGAUAGACAGUUUUCCGAGCUUCCGAGCUGGCGUGGCCUCGCUCAUUUCAGCGGGGUCAGUACCGUUUCCUUCAGUGAUGGGAACAAAUUCAGAGAUAUCUCUCGACAAAUGCUAUUCGCUGCUCACAAUAUAAUCAAACCGGCGCAAUCUCCUGAGUUCCAUACUUUACUUUGCUUACUGAGUAGCUACCUCGAAAUAGACUCCUACUUCGGACUGGAUGUUCAGACAGACGAGACGCUGGAAGCUCUCGAUAAGGAGGUCGAGCGCUACGGAAAGCGGUUAGAUGAAGCGAGGUUUCGAAUUGAAGACUUGAAGAUCAAUUGGGACUUCCCGAAAAACCACGCCGUUCUUAAGCACGCAGUCGAGGACCUCCGCCAGAAGGGCGUCAGUCGCAAUUCUACAACUAGGAUCAACGAAGGCGUGCAUCCACCCUUCAAGAGAUCAUAUCUUCUCCGGUGUAGCGGUAAGAAAGUCGAAAAGCAGAUACUCAGAGUCGAGGAUCAUCGUCUCGCUGUUUCUAUCAUCGAGGAUCGAAUCCAGGCUCAGGAAAGGAGACUAAAGGCUCGCCUGUCAGUCUCUGACCAUCACGACGACUGGCUUGGUCCAGAAUUCGAAGGCCACUUCUACUUUGGCUCGCCAACGACUCCUCAAACGGUCAAAGAACUCGUCAGCUCAUAUCGCUCCUCGGAUCGAGCGUUCAUCAAUUUCCGCAAGUCUCUCAAGACGUUCAUCAACGAAGUCUGCCUCCCGCAUCGUGAUUAUAUCGGGCCGCCUGUCAAGGUUCGCGACGGAUUCAUUGUUCAAGAGUUCCGCUAUAUGAAGAUAAACUACGAGUCAGUAGAAACCUGGAAGAUGUGCACGGAUCUCCUCCGGUGCACUCCCAGCUUCUACGAUAAACCACGGUAUGACUGCGCGAUCGUUCACCUCGACGCAGAUCCCGACGCCUUCGGGAUUGUUCGGUUGAUUUUCCCUUUCAAAUUCACCAUCCCUGAACUCGGCGCAAACUGCACGCCUUUCCAGGCUGUACUCGUACAGCCAUACACCGGCGUAGUGGACUCAGAGAAAGGCCCUCGCACUCGCCGAACGGAUACCGAUCUUGGAUUCCUGCGAGUCAAAGCUCAACCCCGAUCCGAAGCCUUUGUUAUCCCCGCUGACUCCAUCAUUCGAGGUGCCCUCCUGUUCCCCGACUUUCGUCGACCCGACGAGUUCCUUGUCAAUGACUAUAUUGACGGGGACAUGUUCCUUCGAAUGAAGGAUCUCAAGUGGGCAGGGCUACAAUAA